AUGGCUCCCCGCAAGAAAGCCGUCCCGACCGCGUCCAAGAUUCCAAAAGCUUCGUUCGGCAAACGAGCGAUUGUCAAGAAAACGAAAGCCUUCAACAUUGCGAGGAUGUCCAGACUUUCUCCGCAAGCACUAGCGCAAGCUGGCCGGAAGAAACCGUCGUGGCAGGGCAGCUUGUUGAAAAAUGGGCUCGUCAGUAUGGAGAAGACACCUCCUGCGAAGCGCAAUGCCACUCGAUCCCCGCUACUGAGCCUGCCCGGAGAAAUCCGAAACAUGAUCUGGCGCUACGCGAUGACCGGCAACGUCGUGAAGAUAAGCGAAGAUGACGAGCGAAGCCUCUACGACGACGUGAAGACAUGGGAGAAAAUACAAGUCGCCUUUCAGGGCCACGCUGUGCAGGUCCAAGAUGAAGGCAGUCCGACCCGAUGGCGCAAUGCCUUCUAUCUUCAUGAAGACACGCCAGUAGCCGCCUUCCACCUGCCUGAAGUCAGCCGCCAAAUCUACACUGAAACUGCAACUUUGGCGUAUCCUGAUACCGUCUUCUACCUCGAUACGGGAAGAUGGGGCGCCCCCUUGUUUGUCCAGACUUGGUCCGCCACCUUGACUCCUGCGCACAAGGACGCCAUCACUGAUAUCUCCAUCAAUAAAAACUACUUGGAAUACUACCUGAACGAGUCGCGUCGCUCAUUCCGAGCGAACUUGCCUGCACUAAAGCGAAUUCAUGUGGAUGAGUCUGACUUCGACCUACGCAAGAUCGUAUGCAUCGCAAGACACGGCCGCCCACUUUGGAUGGUUUGGACGGUCGAAGAACUCAAGGAGUGGAUACAAAUGGCAGUCAAUUACAACGAGCACAACGAGGUGAAAGUCGUCUUCUAUCCGCAGCCACUCAUUCCCGAUUCUUGA